AUGGGUGAGCUUGCCGAGUUUCUCGCCCAGAACGACGCCGCUUUCCGGAAAGCCAGACUACCCGCCCUCUACGCCGACUUCCGACCGCAGCGAACGUUGAACCCCGAUGGCUACAGCGCGAACGUGACGGCUUGGCGGCACGCGCUGUCGCUGCUGGCGAGCCGCGGCAUGUUAUCGCAGGGCGCCAACGCCAACGUGCUGAUACUGAACCUGGAGGACACGCUACUUCGGAGGCUCGAGAGCCGGCAGUUUGGGCAGCCGCUGGCUCUCGGCACUGUGGUUCGCGAGUCUGUUGCGGCCAACGCCAUGUUUCCCGUGCAGACAUUUCUGCAGGCGCAGCAGAGCGUGUUCCAACGGAGCUGGUCCGGCGUACCUUGGGCCGUUAUGGGCUGGACACUGCGGCAGAUGGGCAUCGUAGACCCUUCAAGGGGCGACGACACUCUGCCCAAGGGCCAGUACGUGCUGCUGGAGAAUGUGGAGGCUGCGACGAAGCACUUCAACGACAUUAUGACCGAGCACACGUCAAAAUUCGAUCGCGUCUUCACAAAGUCGCAAUUCUACAAUACGUUUGCGUCCGACCUAAUACCUGGUCAACGUCUCUCGGAGGCAGACGUGAAUGUAUUACUAUGCUAUCUGUCUCGGGACAAGGGAAUUAUUGAAUACGACGGCAAAAUCAUACGGGUCAAGGGUGUUGGGGAUCAGACCGGCAUCACAGAGGACGACAAGGCCAUCGCCUCGCUAAAGGACGUCACCGUCAAGGUCAAGCACCAAGCAGACCUGCUCAGCGCCCGGAUCGACGAGCUAGAGCUCGACGCGAAAAAGGCGCUCGCGCGCAAGAACAAGGUCUCGGCGCUCGCCGCGCUGCGGCAGAAAAAGGUGGCCGAGCAGACGCUGUCGACGCGCUACGCCACGCUGAACCAGCUCGAGGAGACGGCCAACAAGAUUGAGCAGGCCGCCGACAAUGUCGCCAUUGUCCAGGCCAUGGAGGCGUCGAGCGGCGUGCUCGCGAGCCUCAACGCGCAGGUCGGCUCCGCGGACAAGGUGGACGCCGUCAUGGACGAGCUGCGCGACCGCGUUGCCGACACGGACGAGCUGACGGCCAUCCUUGCCGAGUCGACGGACAGCCAGGCUGUCGAUGAGGGCGAGAUUGACGACGAGCUCGCAGCCAUGGAGCGCGAGGCCGCGGAGAAGGAGGAGGAGAAGGAGGCGGAAAAGGCCAAGGACAAGAUGGACAGGAUCCCAGAGGUGCCGGCGUCACCGCAGAAGCAGACUCCGGGGAGAGAAAAGUCUCCCACGUCGGAAACAGGCAUCGGGAAGCUGUCGCUUGCAGAAUAG